GCCCUCAACACCAGCUCCGACCCCCACGCCUCCCCCCGCUGGGAGCUGAUCCACACCGCAACCCUGACGGCCUGCUCCCUCCUCCUCAUCAUCAUCUUCAUCCUGGGUUCCUACGGUAACCUGGUGGUGUUUCUCUCCUUCUUCGACCCUGCGUUCCGGAAGUUCCGCACCAACUUUGACUUCCUGAUCCUGAACCUGUCUGUGUGCGACCUGUUCCUGUGCUGCGCCGGGGCGCCCAUGUUCGCCCUCGUCCUCUUCCUGGACGGAGGGGGCGGAGUCUCCCAGGGCUUCUGCUUCGCCUUCCAGCUCAGCAGCUCCGGCUUCGUCCUGGUCUCCCUGGAGACGGUGGCGGUGAUCGCGCUGCACAGGCUGCGCGUGGUCCUGGGGCAGCAGCCGUACCGCUCCGCCUCCCCGCCCUGCACCCUGGCCCUCACCGCCCUGCUGUGGGCCUCCAGCUUCACCAUGGCCACACUGCUCACCGUCAGGGCGUACGCCCGGAGGGACGGGCCCUGCCUGCCGCACCUGGGCCCGGCCGGGGCGCGAGCCCGCGUGGUGCUCUACGUCUACCUGGCCGACUUUGCCUUCUGCGUGGCCGUGGUGACCGUCUCCUACCUGAUGAUCGCUCGGACACUGAGGAAGAACGCGCGGGUGAGGAGGUGCCCUGUGAUCGCGGUGGACGCCACGCGCCCCCCCGCCCCGCUGGUGGUCGCCGGCUUCGAGGGCGUCCAAGUGCCGUCGCUCUACCGCAACCAGAGCUACAACAAGCUGCAGCACGUCCAGACUCACCAGCUCCCCCCCCGCGCCACGCCAGUGCCGGGCGCCGCCCAGGGCGCCACCUGCUGCCAGCUGGUCUCCUCCGUCAACCUGGCCUCGGCCAAGGACUCGCGCGCCGUGAGCACGUGCGUGGUGAUCGUGUGCUGCGUGCUGCUGUGCUGCCUCCCCAUGGGGGUGGCGCUGGCGCAGGACGUGCUGGGCCCACGCAGCAGCUCCGCCCACCUGCAGCUGGAGCUCUGCAGCCUGGCGCUCAUCCUGCUCAAGUCGGGCAUCAACCCGUUUGUCUACUCCCGGAACAGCGCCGGGCUGCGGCGCCGGGUGCUUUGCUGCCUCCAGUGGGUGGCGCUGGUGUUCCUCUGCUGCAAGCACAAGACCCGUCUGCACGCCAUGGGCAAGGGCAGCCUGGAGGCCAACAGGAACAAGUCGUCUCACCACGAGACCAACUCGGCGUACGUGCUGUCGCCGAAGCCCCAGCGCAGGCUGGUGGACCAGGCCUGCGGGCCCAGCCAGUCCAGGGAGCCUGCAGGGAGCCCCCGCACCACCGGGGGGCGCCGCCCGCGCCCGCCCAGCACCUCCACCCCCAUCAACACGCGCAUCGAGCCCUACUACAGCAUCUACAACAGCAGCCCCUCGGCCGGCCCCAGCUCCCCCAGCACCCUGCAGCCCAACAGCAACCCAGCCUUCAGCCUCGCCAAGUCCUACGUGGCACUGCACUACCACACCCACCAGGACGCCCUGCAGGACUGUGAGAGCAGCACAGUGCACCAGAUCCCCAUCCCAUCUGUUUAA